AUGGGAAAUGGUCAGGUAGAGCGAUUUAAUCGUACUCUACCGGGCAUGCUUGGUACUCUCGAAGAGGACCAGAAAGCAGACUGGAAGUUAUACGUGGCACCACUGGUACAAGCCUAUAAUGCCACCAGGAACGACUCCACCGGGUACGCACCCGUGUACUUAAUGUUUGGGUGGCACCCACGCCUGUCGGUAGACGCUUUAUUUGGUACAGAACCAAGGGAGGUAGGUGCAGCUGAACCGACCUCGUACGUCCGCAAGCUCAGGGAUAGGAUGGAAUAUGCCUAUAAAGCUGCGCAAGCGGAGGCAUUUAAAAGUGCCACCCGUAACAAGGACCGUUAUGACCGGUCUAUUCGGGAAUUAUUUGUUUAUGUUGAUUAUAAUACCGUGAGGGCUAAACGGUUAGUAAAAACAUAA